AUGGAAAGUGAAGAUCAAAUUACUCAGGAAAAGCUUGACCAGAGGAUCAGUCUAGAGAAGUGCAUCCUGGUCAAAAGUAUCAAGGAACAAUGGCUGAGAUUCUGCCGUAUUCACUACAAUACAUUUUCAAGAAGAAUUAAAAUUAGCCAACCCGGUCUAGAAUCUGGUGAACACUGAGCAGACUUUAAGCUUAAAAUGUAUUUUAAAUUUCCUGGCUAUAUGAAAUUUACGAAAAAAAUUAAAUUUCUAAAGUUCGUCAAUGUAAAAGAGGUCUGAUUAUAUAUUGGAAAGAAGAGAAAUUAAGGAUAUUAUGAAUUUCAUAGACUUUUCCUUCCCUAAUAAGACUAAUGAGUUAUAUAUUUCUCUUUCCCUUGAAAUGCAACUGAAUAGAACUACUUACCUCAACUCAUUCAUCAGAAUCAGCUCCAAAGUAACAAGAAGAGUAGCCUUUGAUUCUUUCUGCCUUAGCCUUCGCCAACUGAAGAAAUUAGUGGCAGCUUACAGACAUGUGGAAAAAUUGGGCAUUUACGAAUGAAAGUUGUCCAUUUCAACAGUUCAUGAUUUCUCAACGUCUCUUAAGAAUUGCAAAAUUCAGACAAUAAGUUUAGGCAAAACAGGAGCCAAAUCUUGCAGCAAUUGGAAAGACCACCCUGACGAGUUCAAGAACUUGAUACAAUGCUUUGCAACUUCUCCAGACUUAAAGAAGAGCCUCAGGAAAAUAGACCUUUGGAAAUGUGAAAUAAAGCAAAGUGAAGCUCAAGAAAUCUUGACAGAGAUUCAACUCGAAGAAGUAGAAAUAAUAGAUGGAGCUUAA